CUUGCCUUGGGCAAACAAGGAGCAAAUCAGUCUAAAGAAGAAGUAUUUCAGCAAUGUCGAGUCAAGGCGAUCCAGAAACAGGCGCAGACAAGUCCAAAGAACCAAUAAACAAUGUGAAAGAAAUUCACCAGAAAGCGUUAGACGACCUUGUAAAUGUAAACUCGCUCUUCACACUAGCCGUCUUCGUGGGCUUAUCCCUCGCACGUCAAGGAGAGCAUAGCCUGGAGAACCGCACCGAGUGUGACGCUGGUCCGGAACAUGCGAAGCGGCUCGUGGUAAACGAAGUGGCGUCGUUUGCUUGCUUCCUCUUAUCCAGCCUGGUAGCCAAGGCCCUGAAAAUCCAUGUCACUAUCUGGGAAAAAGAAGACUUCAAGCGUCGCCGUAACCAGAUUGUUAGGGGAAGCCUGUUGUCGCUAUCGGUGUGGGCUUCGGUUUUCGGGUGCAUAUUUCUAACCAUUUCGAUGGUUGAUGUGAUCCAAAUUAAGGUGGGGAAGCUCGCCUGUGGGAGUGUUUAUGCAUGGAGGGCUACGGGAGCUCUGAUUGCCAUUGUGCUUCUUGCUCUAUCUAUUUACGUGCCCUUUAUGAUGAAUGCAAUAUUUACUUCCGUCAAGUUUGUUUAAGUUUAAGAAACAAGCAAUACCUGCCGAAGAUGAAUAUAUAUGUUGUAAGUGUAGCAGCAGUAGUACUAGUACGGACUACGUACAAACUAUACGUGCUAAUUAAUUAAUAAAUUUGUAUGCUUACUGAUAAUAAAGAGGCAUUAGAAGGAAGCCUUGACUCUA